AUGAGGAAGUAUGCGUCCAGCAUCAAUCCUCGUCAUCUGACAAAGCCCACAUGGUUGUGGCGCGGCACCACCAUGGACUGGCAUCCUCCCCCUCACAUGAACCUUCUGAGACUCGCCAUUUGCCAUGUGUUUUUGACUAUGAAGGAAGAGAGAGAUGAGGGCUGCAUCUCCAUCAUGCCGUGCGAGACCUCUCAGUUACCGGCUGAGAUGAAGCUGGCUGUGCCCGAGCAGCUCGAUCGCCAAAGCCUGAUCGACAUGUGCGAGGUCAAGUAG